ACAAGCCAUUUAGAAUACCAAAUUUGAUUGCACAAUAUGACCUAAUUACCCUUCAAUUAACACAAACCCAAAUCACACCCCUUUCAUCCAUGAUCCAUCCAUAUAAAUACAUAACACAGUUACCCAUUAACAUACCAAUGCAACACAAACAAAAAGAGAAGAAACUGAACAAUGAAAUACACUGAGAUAUCCCAUUUCAGCCACCCACAACACAAACUAAGAUUCGAACACAACGACAUCCCUUUCAAAUGCGACGGCUGCAAGGAAAUAGGCAUUGGUUCCCGUUACAAAUGCAGCAUUUGCGACUACGACCUUCACACACACUGUGCAAUACCUUCCACAUCUCUCUACCAUCCAUUCUACACAAAAUGCACCUUCCAAUUCAUGUCAGCCCCACCAGGAAACACGCCUCGUUACUGCAACGCGUGCGAGAAAGACAUCAACGGGUUCGUAUACCACUGCAAGUCUUGCGGCUUCGACCUCCACCCAUGUUGCGCGAAGCUGCCAGCGAUACUCCACGACGGGGAAACGAAACUCUACCUUUACAGGAAAGUGAGUUCGCCGUGUCACCGUUGUGGAAGAAAAGGACGAAGCUGGAGUUAUAGAUCGAAUUGUAAGAGUUAUAAUUUGCAUGUUGCUUGUGUGAGGGAAAUGCUGGUGGAGAAUUGGCAGCAAUUGUAUAUAGGACAUGGACCACAUGGUAGGAAAAUUGAUAGAGAUAUUCCUAGUUUGAAGAAUACAAUGUAUGCUGGUGCACAUAGUAGAGGAAGUAAAGGGAAGAAGGUGAAAAAGUGCUGUGAGAUUGCAGGGUUUGCUGUGCAGAUUGUGAUUUCGGCGGUUUUGGGUGAUCCUACGGCACUUAUUGCUGGUGUUGUUGGGGCAUUUAUGUCUCGGGCUUGAACUACAUGUAGCGGAACAGAAUCUAUGUUUUGUUUAGUACCACCUCAUGAUGAUGAUAUGUCUCCACGAAAAAUGUAAUGUAUGUUUCAAUAUUCCAAUUAUAUCUUUGUUUAUUACUCUUUGUGUACAUAUUGUGUUGGUUUGGAAAACAACGACAAUUCUAUUGUAUCAAUUAAUUUUUGAUGU